CUUCAACCUUCCCCACCGAACACUCAGGUCUUCCAGUUCGUUGGCACCCUUGCAUCUUCCCUUGCCCGGGCAGGGAACGACGGGGGUUCGUGAGCCUAUCCAGGCCUCUCCUCUCGACGGCAAUCAUGCGCUUACCACAGUGCUGUGGCACCCUCGAGUUCGCCCCUAUGCCAGCAUGCCAGCUCCCUCCUGCAUGUGUCGCCUCCCCGUCGAUGUGGGAACUUCCAGACCGACGGCAAGCGGUUGGGUAUCGCUGCUCCCUGCCCGUCCCACGCUGCCUCAGCGAUGAGUCGACGAGGCCCAUAGCUCGACCCCUCUCCUGCAUCCACAUGGCACCAGGGCAACUCGCUCCCAAGCCGUACACAACGCACAAGUCCACUCCCCCAGCAGCAGCCCAGCCGUGCCACCGUGCUACGUGACAUGCAUGGCCCGUCGAGAGGAUUUGCCAGAGCUAGUAGUAAGGUGCCCUGGAUGCAUGUUCGCUGUUUGCAUGAAACCGACUUCACCCUGGCGCCUGGGAUCGCUCCAGAACACCCGUUCUUCCCGCAGCUAGAACAAGGCCUCAGGUCCAAUCCAUUGGACAGAACCGCGUUUGUUUCAAUGAAAGGAGCUUCGGGCCACCCUUGCACUUGCAGGUCGGCCCAGCUUGGACUAUGACUAUGACUGCUCGUGCCGCCUCCUCCUCCACCUCCUUCCUGCCCUUUCUGUCUUCUACCAGAUGCUGCGGGGGCACACACGGCUGCCACAAUAGGAAGUCCUGCUUGGUCUCUAUUAUUAUAAUAAAGACGACCUGCCCGCUUUUCCAUUCAUCUCACCUAUUGUCCCGUCGACCACACCCACACCCCCAACCGUAGAUCGGCCCAACCUGCCGUGGACAAUGCUUGGGAUCUAUUCAUACUGUCGCUACAUUGUUCCCUCACAAUAGCACUGCUCGACGCAGCCUCUCCGUUAAAACCCUUCUACUUGGCGCCACCAUUCCCAGCUUCGAGACCACACACGGACUCGACUCUGAUAUCAGCUUCUCUCUUCUUACUCCUCCACUCUGCGAGACAGAAUCUGGAACCACCAUUACCAGCCCCAUCGUCACUCACUCACUCACUCACUAAUUACUUCCCCACGUGCGCAUCACUACUGCCGGCAGUAAAACUCUCAAGACAUUCUCUUCCAAAUUAAAUCACUUCUCAAUAUCAAAUCAUCGCCAAAAUGAUCAACAUGACUGACAGUGGCCGCUUCUUGGGGCCUGCGUGGUGGAUACUCCAGAUCCUCCGCGCCUGCAACAUCGUCGCCCUGCUCAGCGUCUCGGCCGCCAGCAUCGUCAUGGUCAUCAAGACCGAUGUCAACAACGGCUUCUUCUUCUUCUCGGCCUUCUCACACCUGGUCACCGGUGUUCUCGCGCUCAUCCUCAUCGUCUCCGAGCUCCCCCAGCCGCGAUUUGUCCGCGACUUUUUCCGCAACAACUGGCCCACCUUCUCUACCGUCGACGCCUGCAACAGGGGCCACUCGCUCGCAUGGCUGGGUGUGUGGAUGGUCUCGAUGGGAGCCUGGGUUCUCGGCUCUCUGAAUGGCGACAAGGUGGUCGAGAAGAUGACCCUGCCGCUCUGGCGCCUGACCCUCGCCGCCGGCAUCCUCGCCCUCGUCUUCGGCAUGUUCAACUUCCUGGUCUCCGUGCUGUUCCGCAAUGGAUCCCACGGGAUAACUGCCCGCAUGAUCCGCGAGCACGGUGCCAACGUCUACAACGCCCGCACGAGGACCCUGCCACCCGACUACGACCUCGACGCCUCGACCCUCAGCAGCAGCACCCACUCUAACUCCAUCCGCAAGGAGAAGUUCCACUCCCCGGCCCCGGCCGCCAACCGCUUCACCAUGAACUUCGGCCAGGGCUUCCAGAGCAACCGCUUCACCAAGAUGUUCGGCAAGGACAAGAACACCAGCAACAAUGCCCGCCCCCAGAUCAGCGGCCCCAUUGGCGCCCCCGUUAACAUGUCAGAGCGCGACGUCGAGGCCCAGUACCCCGGCCACCACCAACAGGAGGACGUCGUCAACCGGCCCGUGAGCCCCGUGAGCCCCGGCACCGCCAGGGAGUCGUGGGAGGGCAGCAGCCGGGCCAGCCCCAUCGCGCCCAACGUCCAGCGCCCACCAACCGCCCUGCACCCAGCCUACGUCGGAAAGGCCCGCACGUUCCGCUCGAGCAUCUACUCCACGGCCUCGCACCUCACCAGGUUCUAGAAGACAUAAGGUGUCAGUUGAUGAAGGGGUUCCAGGGGCGCCCUCGGACUUGUGGCAGGGCCGCCCGAGCAAGGACCACACGAACAUGACCACGAGAAGAACAAGACAAAACAGGCAUAACCAGGCGUUGUAUUUUGUUUUACAUCGGCGUUUGAGAGAAUCGAAACCAGAUACCCAUUAAUUCGGAGGGAAAGAUAGGGACGGGAGGGGCAGCCGAGUUGGCCUCCGUGAGGCUUCUGUGCGACGGCGCGAGCUGGGCAUGUGAGGCAGGUAAUUCUUAAGGAACGUUCACUGUAGUACUUACUAUGGUAUCACUGCGUUGAA